UAUUCUGGCAACACAAUUUGUAGACGUCUGGUGAAUUGGUGAUGAUGACAAGAUCGUUGAAAACGAAGAUUUGAUGUGUAAUAUGUGAAUUCGAUUUAAAAAAGUACUUGAUAAAGUUUGUGUAAAUUUAAUUAACUAAAAUACUUAAAUUGUACUAUCUUUGUUAUUAAUGCAAUUAAAUAAUAGUUAUAAAAAAGUACCAAAAUGAUGGACGGAAAUGAUAUUACCUCUGAAACCAAUCGAAGAGGGUUUAUUUCUCAAGGAUUCACCAGAAUUUCACAAAUAUAUCAAGGACUCUUAGAUAAAUGGACACCGCAUACCAAAAGCAGAUGGGCCGUUUCUAUAUUACUUUUAGCAACAUUUGUCCUCAGAAUAUUUUUAAAACAAGGCUGGUAUAUAGUUACAUAUGCCUUAGGUAUCUACCAUUUAAAUCUUUUUAUUGCAUUCCUAACACCAAAAAUUGAUCCUGCUAUGGAUUUUGAUGGAGAUGAUGAAAAUGGACCUGCGCUACCAACAAGAUCUACAGAAGAAUUCCGACCAUUUAUUAGAAGGCUUCCCGAAUUUAAAUUUUGGCUUUCUGUUACGAAAAGCACUAUAAUAGGAUUUUGUUGCACGUUUAUAGAUGCAUUCAAUAUACCAGUAUUUUGGCCAAUAUUAGUCAUGUAUUUUAUAACACUAUUUUGCAUAACAAUGAAGAGACAAAUUAAGCAUAUGAUUAAAUAUCGAUACCUACCGUUCACUCACAGCAAGCCUAAAUACAGAACUGUGGAUUCAUCGGUGACCGUAAACUGACGACGUCUGCUAGCAAUUUAACACUUUACAAUAUCGAAAACAGUGUGUAAAGUAAAAUAUAUUGAAAAACUGUUGUACGCAAAUGUUUUAAGAAAUACAGUUUUUAUUUUAAUGUUUUUCAUUUUUAAUUUAUUUUAUUGUUAAAAUUAAGAUUUUUGUUGAUUAAUUACCGAUUAAAUUGUAUUAUAUUUUAUGGAGAAUUUAUGAACUUAUUGUAUGUUUAAAUGGAUAAGCAAGAGCAAAAGUAGAAAUUACUUAUUUGUACUUUCUAGUGAAUAUAAGUAGAUAUAGUUAUUUGUAAUUAAGUAUUGAAUAGAAAUUAAUAAAUAUUAGUUUAUUGACUACUUCUUAAACACUACAGAUCAAUGAUUGGUGCAAGAAAUAAUAAAGUAAAAGUAUACUUUUUCUCACUCUUAUCUGAAGUAUAAUAAAAUAAAAUCAUAAUCAAAAUUUGUAUUAAUUUAAAAUGUUAUUAACAUAAUUAAAAAAACCAAAGAAGUAAAUAAAGAUAUGUUGUAAGUCGGUCUUCAUUCAAAUACGAUCUAAAAAAACAAUAGAAAAUAAAUUUCAGCAAUAUUUUUCUUUAUCUAAUGGAAUUGUUAUUAUUUUGAAAUGUAGUUUUAUAGCAAAUAAAUACUAACUACUCUUUUAGAGUAAAAUGUA